GACAUGUUUUGUGCAGCUUUCCCCAUCACUGAGUGGUGAGGAACACGAACUAGUUGAUAUGGAGAAUGAUUCUGAGAUCGCGGGGCUUGAAGACCUCAGGUUGGUUCUUGUCGGAAAUGCGGGAUCUGGCAAGAGUGCAACUGCGAACACCAUCUUGGGCCGAAGACAGUUCCUGUCAAAACUCGGUGCCGCCUUAGUGACCCGGGAAUGUCAGUGUGGGAGCACUGAGCCAGCAGAAGGUCAUGUCCAGAACAGACCGAGGCGACUUACGGUGGUUGACAUGCCGGGCUUUGGGUACAACUGCCUUAGUGAAGAGCAGAUUUAUACAGAAGUGGCUAAGUGUCUGUCUUUCUGUGCUCCAGGGCCGCACGCUUUUCUCUUGGUGGUGCCGAUUGGUCGUCAUACAGAGAAUGCGAUUCUCAAUCUGGCCAAAAUAUUUGGAGAUGAUGCCGUCAAAUGCCACACAGUGGUUCUUUUUACCAGGAGGGAUGAACUUCAAGGCAUGGAGUUCGACGAAUAUCUGAGAGAUUCUCCUGCUGCACUUAGGAAUCUCAUUGACAAGUUCAAGAACUCCUAA